AAUUCAAUUAAUAUGAAAUAGUAGUUAUAUAUAAAUAUAUAUGAUUUCACCCGUUCUUCUAGAAGGAAGAAAAAACACAAAAGGAAAUGUGAAGUGUGAUCAUGAGAAAUAUGGGGAUUUGCACAUGUGGAUUAAAUUUUUAGCACCAAUAACGGUGCUGACCUGGCAAUACAAUUAAUCAAAAAGAGAGAAAAGAUAAUCCCGAAUUUUAGGCGGGUAGAAAAUUCCGCUAAAUUCUACAAAGAAAGAAGAUAUUUUCGACGGUCCAAUGGACCCCACCUAAUAAUACGUCAUCAACUCGCCACCUCACCUCCGAGUUGUAAGGUUCAAUUUUUUUUUGUAAUCUCCGAAAACUUGAAACCAAAAUUUACUUUUCCCACCAAAAGGCACAAACAGUUGCCUUUAUCUAUCCCCACGUGUACGUAACGUAAAUCUAGGCCGUCCAUGACAGGUGGGCAAGGUCAUCACACCGGGCAGCGUAAAUGAUAAAUCUUGAUUUCCAAUCGAGGGCUCAUAAACUGCCCGAAACAGAAACGGGGCAGAUCUUAUUGCCUUUAAGAGGAGAUCCGUGGCCUUGAAAAAUUUCAUCACUCAGGUUCAAGAGGUUCAUUUGAAACCCUUACCUUCUUCUCCAUUUCUCAUUCGGUGAAGAAAUACUAAUUUCUUAUACUUUCUCGCUUUUUUUUUUUUUAAAAUUUUCUCCUGGCGGUAAUUCAAUAUUCCCGGCAAUAAUACAGUUAUGGGCUCCCGCCAUUUUCUUGCCGGAGAUUAAUUGGCGGAGUUUUCAAGCUAUUUUUAAACCCCGUAAACCUUCUAUGGCAUCAGCUGUUAUAACCGGCAGAAAUGAACCGCACUGGGAUAAACAGAAUGCCUAUAAAAGGAAAUAUACAACUAAUCCCACUGCUCAUUCUCAGCUCCACACUCGAUUCAACCCUAACCCUAACCCCAAUUAUAACCUUCAAAAUUUUUCAACCAUGUCUCAUCUCCAGCAAGUCAAUGAGCCACUACCAAGGGCUGCUCCCUCUCCGGCAAUAAUGGCUACCAGUAAAGUCAAUUGGAAACCAAAUGCUGUUGAUGGAACCGACUCAUUUCACAGAGAGUAUGUGAUUUUCAAUUUGGCUGCUUAUUCGAGAAGCGAGUUGAAGGAACUUAAGAAGAUGCUAAGCUCUGAUCUAGAUCGGGUCCAAGGACUUCUAGACAGGAUCGAAACCCAAGAUUUCGUCCCCAGGACAUCUUUUCAUGCCAGAGAAGUCAUACAGCCACCGAUGGCACCAUGGCCUCAAUCGGCAUUGCCCCCCAAUGCCAGUAGGCAGCAUCGCGAACCUGUUUUAAUUGGUAAAAAGAGCAAGAAGCACACUGGACAAAAGAGACCAAGAACAAUUGACUUAGGGAAAGAUUUAGUGGUGGAAGGCGAUAAGUUCAUUGUUAAUAUGAUGAAGACGUGCCGGCAGAUAUUGGUGAAAAUAAUGAAGAAAAAAUACGGGCCUGUGUUUAAUGCACCAGUGGAUGUUAAGGGUUUGAAUCUUUAUGACUAUCAUGAUUUCAUCAAGUAUCCCAUGGAUCUCGGAACUGUGAAAUCAAGACUGGACAAGAAUGUGUACAGAACACCACAAGAUUUUGCAGCUGAUGUGAGACUUACAUUCACCAAUGCCAUGACAUAUAACCCAAAAGGUCAGUAUGUGCAUAAUUUGGCUGAGGAGUAUCUUGGUAUCUUUGAAGAGAUGUUCAAACCAGCGUAUGAGAAGUAUGAAGCUGAGCACCAUAAAGUUGCCACUAUUAUGCAGCAGGUGCAUCAACAGAUGAAUCUGUCUCAGCCUGCACCAACUACUAAGCUUCCACCGUUGCCAGUAGCAAAGAAAUCGGGAUCUGCGCGGUCACAUUCCACUUUGUUGAAUCAACACCAAUCUCAUAUCCAUUCUUUCAGUGCACCUGUUGCGCCUCUUUUUGCAACCCCUGCUUCAAAAUCUCCUCCACAGCCUGUUGUUGAGAUGCCUAGGUCAGCUAAGACGCCCAAUCUGAAGGCUAAGGAUCCGAACAAAAGACUUAUGACCGAAGGUGAAAGGGACAAGUUAGGGAAUGAGUUGCAGAAUCUUCCCCCAGAGAAUAUGGAACAUGUCCUGCAACUUGUGAAGAGGAAAUUCCCUAAUCUUACAGAGGAAGGGAAUGAGGUUGAGCUCGACCUUGAGAUCAUUGACAAUGAAACACUCUGGGAACUGUAUAGAUAUGUUAUUCCCCAUAAGGAGUCUAUGAGCAAGAUUGAGAGAUCAGGAGUCACAGAAAAUGCAGCGGACGUACUGCUCGACAAGUCGCCUGAGAAAGCACCAACACCAGAACAUGCAAAGCCUGAAAUCAAUGAAGUGGACGUUGUGGAAGAGGAUGUUGAUAUUGGUGAGGAAAUACCAGGUGAAAACUUUCCUCCUGUGCAUAUCGACAAGGAUCCAAGCAGCUCUAGCGGCUCAAGUUCUGGCAGUGAUUCUUCUUCCGGUGGUAUAACUUUUUCUUUCUGUAGUUCAUUCUGGUUAACAAGUGUGAUGCUAUAUUUACUUUUGCCAUGGUUAUGCAGAUUCAGGAAGUUCUUCUGGGAGUGAUUCUGAUGAGGAUAGUGUACAGUCACCUUAUGUUGAAGCAGCAAAAGAAGCUCCUGCAACCUAAGCCAUUAAAAUGGGUUUUGAAUAGUGCUAUGGUGUUUCUGUUAGUAUUUUCUCUGCUGGUUUUUGUGCAUCUGUUUUAGCAGCACAGAAGAUAUCACAGUUUGGCUGGGUUUUAGCUUUUAAGAAGUAUGAAUAGUUCAAGAUUAGAAAAAUUGAGAGGUUUUAGCUAACUACAGAGUAGUUGUAGGUAGGAUGUUACAAAUGGGGGACUGACAACAAACAUUUUGGGUUUAUUUUUUGCUUGUAUACAGAACACCUGCUGAUCUCAGUGUUUAGUAAGAGGAUAGAAGUAGUAACUUGUACAGUGCAGACUGAUGACUGAGUUUGUAGAACAAAGCUGUAGUCUCUAUGAACCCCAAGAAGUAAUCUCAUAUGGAUCUUCUAUUUCAACUU